AGCGAGAACAUUCCAGAGGUCGCCAGGCUCGGCGCUGCCGGUGUGGACGCGGACGUCGCUGGGACAGCCCCUCCCGCUGCUCGGCGGCGGCACCUGUCCGGCCGCCCCUCCGCUUCCGCCCGCCCCGCCGCUUCGGAUCCGGUUUCCAGCGCCUCUUCCUCCCAGUCCCGGGCGAGCCGCGUUGGGUUUAUGUCUUUAUUUGACGAAAACGAGCUGUUGCGCAGCCAUUGGUACCUGUAUUGGGGAAACAUAGCAUACAAGCAAGAAGCUUACAGCCUCAGUGGCGAAAAUUUUUUCAUGUCAGAGACCGAGAACUCUUGCAGUCGUUUAUGUCAUCCCUUCUUCUCCAGACAGAAGAUACCAAAAAGUUGCAAUCAAAGAUCUCUUCAUCUUAUUGAUAAGGUCACUAAUAAGCCAAAAUGUCUGUCAACGUCAACCGCAGCGUGUCAGACCAGUUCUAUCGUUACAAGAUGCCCCGUCUGAUUGCCAAGGUUGAGGGCAAAGGAAAUGGAAUCAAGACAGUUAUAGUCAACAUGGUUGACGUUGCAAAGGCGCUUAAUCGGCCUCCAACGUAUCCCACCAAAUAUUUUGGUUGUGAGCUGGGAGCACAGACCCAGUUUGAUGUUAAGAAUGACCGUUACAUUGUCAAUGGAUCUCAUGAGGCGAAUAAGCUGCAAGACAUGUUGGAUGGGUUCAUUAAAAAAUUUGUUCUCUGUCCCGAGUGUGAGAAUCCUGAAACAGAUCUGCAUGUCAAUACAAAGAAGCAAACAAUAGGUAAUUCUUGUAAAGCUUGUGGCUAUCGAGGCAUGCUUGACACACAUCAUAAACUCUGUACAUUCAUUCUCAAAAACCCACCUGAGAACAGUGACAGUGGUACAGGAAAGAAAGAGAAAGAAAAGAAAAAUAGAAAGGGUAAAGACAAGGAAAAUGGCUCUGUAUCCAGCAGUGAGACACCACCACCACCACCACCAAAUGAAAUCAGUCCUCCUCCACAUGCUGUGGAAGAAGAGGAAGAUGAUGAUUGGGGAGAAGAUACAACUGAGGAAGCCCAGAGACGCAGAAUGGAUGAGAUCAGUGACCAUGCAAAAGUUCUGACCCUAAGUGAUGAUUUGGAAAGAACUGUGGAAGAGCGUGUCAAUAUCCUGUUCGAUUUUGUUAAGAAAAAGAAAGAAGAGGGCAUCAUUGACUCAUCUGACAAAGAAAUUGUUGCUGAAGCAGAAAGACUAGAUGUGAAAGCCAUGGGCCCUCUUGUGCUGACGGAAGUUCUCUUUAAUGAGAAGAUUAGAGAGCAAAUUAAGAAAUACAGGCGCCAUUUCUUAAGAUUUUGUCACAACAACAAAAAGGCUCAGCGGUACCUUCUUCAUGGUUUGGAGUGUGUGGUAGCAAUGCAUCAAGCUCAGCUCAUCUCCAAGAUUCCACACAUCUUGAAGGAGAUGUAUGAUGCAGACCUUUUAGAGGAAGAGGUCAUCAUCAGCUGGUCAGAAAAGGCCUCUAAAAAAUAUGUCUCAAAAGAACUUGCCAAAGAGAUUCGUGUCAAAGCAGAGCCAUUUAUAAAAUGGUUGAAGGAAGCAGAGGAAGAAUCUUCUGGUGGUGAGGAAGAAGAUGAAGAUGAAAAUAUUGAGGUGGUGUAUUCAAAGACUGCCAGUGUACCGAAGGUUGAAACUGUGAAGUCUGACAACAAGGAUGAUGACAUUGAUAUUGAUGCCAUUUAAAAGGAUGGAUGCAACCUAGCUUAACAGUGUAAAGCUGCAAAUUUUUCUCCAUUUUCAAUCAGAAGUGCAACAUGUAUGUGCAAAAGCUAAAAUAGCUUAACAUCAUGCUACACUUGAUACUAAAAAGCUAUUACUAUGAGUGGUCUGUAAUUAAGCCCAGUGAGACAUCUAGGGAGUCCAUCCAUGUAUCAGUGAACAGAUGUAGUUUGCUUAUUUCUAGCAUGUUUCUUUUGGAAAAACUAGUGAUGGACACAUUUGGAUCACAUUUAUACAAUUCUAAAAAUAAAGAUUUGAUUUUGGGCUCUGAAUGCCUUACCCUAAAGUAACUGGCUCCUUUAACAGAUGUAUCACCAAACCUGGUAAGGUCCUGGGAUUGGAGCCUGUUAGAUUUUUUGUUAGUGUUGAGGCUAUACAGAGGUCUUCAGCAGAAUGUAGACACAAAAUUAUAAUGACCUUUUCAGCCGCUAAGAAAUUAAUAGUACUUUCAGAGUUUAUCCUUAGUCCCUAAAGUUUAUCUUUAGUUCCUUGAAAUGGGUUAAUGGUAAUUCUUUGUCGUACUGAGUUAGACUAAUGAUCAGUAUCAGUGCGACAUCUUCGUGAGAAGAAACGACCUGAGUGUCCUAUUAUCUUAAGAGCAAGUUUUGAAACUUGGAAUUGUGGUUUUCAGUUUGUGUACAUUUGCCCCAAAUUGUAGUCUUUGAAGUCAUGUGCAUUGCACGUUGGAUGAGCCAGGGAAAUUAUUACAUUAACAAAUAGGUAUUUAAUGUGUAUGUAGUGGUUGCUUUGUACUGAGAGAGAAGGUUUGAGGUGUAAUUAAAUAGUAAGCUAUGAUUUUAUUUGGGAGGAACAGGAAAAGGUGCACUUAAUCUCUAAAACUGAGCGUACUUUUACAGCUUUUACCCUUAAAUUAUAAUUUCAAGUUGUUUGGACAUAUUGUAUCUUGUGUUUGGUGUUCUCCCUCAUCCUUUGAUAUUAUGGUUUAUCCCUUAAUGCCUUUCACACCUGGACACAUAGGUUGUGCUUUAAAUUUUGGUUGCUAUCUUACCAAAAUAAUUGUUACUAUGUUUCAAGCUUGAUUUUCCCCUCCUUCAUUGUCUUAUUUAAAGAGAAGGUUAAAAAUCAUACUUCUGAGUCAGAGCCUGUAUUUUGGUGUAAGACUUGGGAUAUUUUUUACUUCACAUUGAAUAUAGCAGGGCACCUGAGAAGUCUGGAUGAUGGCCAUAAGUGCACUAACUAGGGCCUGACCAGCCCAUCCAGGGCCUUGGAUUUUGGACAUAAAACACAAGUGAACUCUUUACCCAUUAGCUGAUGUAAACUCACUUAAUCUGGGUUCUUCACUGUUUGAAAAAUUGUCUUCAACACAGACUUGGCAUAUAUAUACAUACUUUUCCACAAAAGUGCAUUCUGAGUGUUGAGAGCCCGUGUGGCUAAUUGUGUGGAGCACUACUAGCUCAUGUCAUUCACAUCUUAACCUUUGUUGUCCAUCUCACAGGUUAUAAAACUUCAUAACAAAUGUAUGUAAAAAAAAUUUCACAUUGAAAUUAUACAAACAUUUGAUAAAAAUAAAACCUUGAUGAAAGUCUGA